AUGGGUAUUCCUAAGUUUUUCAGGUAUAUCUCUGAGAGAUGGCCUAUGAUCCUUCAAUUAAUUGAAGGAACUCAAAUUCCGGAAUUUGACAACUUGUAUUUAGAUAUGAAUUCAUUUAUCCACACAUGUACGCAUGGUAAUGAUGAUGAAGGUGUUACUCAGAAAAUGUCUGACGAAGAAUUGUACUCUAGAAUUUUCACAUAUAUCGACCAUUUGUUCCUGAUGAUCAAACCAAAAAAAGUGUUCUACAUGUCCAUUGAUGGUGUCGCUCCAAGAGCUAAGAUGAAUCAACAGAGAUCGAGAAGAUUCAGAACCGCUAUGGAUACGGAGAAGGCUUUGCAGAAGGCUAUGGAUGAAGGUGAAGAAAUUCCAAAAGGUGACGCUUUUGACUCAAAUUGUAUCACACCAGGUACCGAAUUUAUGGCUCAAUUGACACGGAACUUGAACUAUUAUAUUCAUGAUAAGGUAACGAAUGAUGCUAACUGGAGGGAUAUUGAAGUCAUUUUAUCUGGCCACGAAGUUCCAGGUGAAGGUGAACACAAGAUCAUGGAUUUCAUUAGGAACAUCACAGCACAAGAAGACUAUGAUGUUAACACGAGGCACUGUAUAUAUGGUCUAGAUGCAGACCUGAUCAUGCUUGGUUUAUCCACUCACGCUCCACACUUUGCCUUGCUUAGAGAGGAAGUCACUUUUGGUAGAAGAAAUAAUUCAAGGAAUAAAAACUUGGAAGAACAAAAUUUUUACCUCCUCCAUUUAUCUUUGCUAAGAGAGUAUCUUGAAUUAGAAUUUAAGGAAAUAGGUGAUGAUUUACAAUUUGAAUUUGAUUUCGAAAAUAUUCUUGAUGAUUUUAUUCUAGUUAUGUUUGUUAUUGGUAAUGAUUUCCUUCCAAACUUACCGGAUUUACACUUGAACAAAGGUGCUUUCCCUGUGUUAUUACAGACGUUCAAGGAGGCUUUGCUACAUGUUGACGGCUAUAUUAAUGAACGUGGUCAAAUUAACUUCAAAAGAUUGAAGGUGUGGCUAGAUUACCUAUCUCAAUUCGAGCUAAUGAAUUUUGAAAAUGAUGAUAUUGAUGUUGCAUGGUUCAAUCAGCAAUUGGAAAAUAUUUCUCUUGAAGGUGAAAGGAAACGUCAGAGAAUGGGUAAGAAACUACUGAUCAAGCAACAAAAAAAACUGGUAGGUAUGGUGAAGCCAUGGCUAUUAAAGGAAAUCAAUAAAGAAAUUCCCGCUAACUUGGAAGAUUCUGAUAUUCCACAAUUACCUUUGAGCGUUGAUACUGAAACCCUAAAAGAAAAUUUGGAUUUCUUGAAGAAAUUCGCUUUAGAUCUCGGUCUAAUUAUAGUACAUUCGAAAUCUAAGGAUACGUACUCCUUAAAAUUGGAUAUUGAUGCUAUUAAUCCUUCAGAAACUGAUGAACAGCGUCAAAAUAGGAUUAAUGAAACAAGAAAGACAAUCAAGAAAUACCAGAGUGCUAUAAUUGUCGAAGACAAAGAAGAGCUCGAAGAGGAAAAAGAUAUCUACAACGAAAGAUUUGAAAACUGGAAAGCGGAGUAUUACAGGUCCAAAUUUGGCAUUAAAAGAGAUGAACCUGAAAGGAUCGUAGAAAUUGCAAACAACUAUGUGGAGGGUUUGCAAUGGGUCUUGUACUAUUAUUACCAGGGUUGUCCAUCAUGGAGUUGGUAUUACCAUUUCCAUUAUGCACCUCGUAUAUCUGACCUAGCUAAAGGUCUAGAUCAAAUUAUUAAAUUUGAACAAGGUUCUCCACUAACCCCAUUCCAACAACUGAUGGCUGUUUUACCUGAGAGAUCAAAGAAUCUUCUUCCAGCUGCUUAUAGACCAUUGAUGUAUGAUCCUAAAUCACCAAUCUUGGAUUUCUAUCCAUCUGAGGUUCAGUUAGAUAAAAACGGUAAAACAGCUGAUUGGGAAGCCGUGGUUUUGUUGCCAUUUGUUGAUGAAAAUAGGUUGAUUGAAGCAACCAAUCAUUGCUUGGCAAAGUUAUCACCUGAGGAGAAACAAAGAAACUCAUUUGGUAAGAACCUUACCUUCAUGUACAAUCCUCAAGUGGAUAAUGUCUAUAGGACAACUCUGAAGGGUAUUUUCUCAGAUAUUCAACAUAAUCACUGUGUUGCACUAGAAUAUCAACCUAAACCAAUGGAAGGUAAGCAAUUUCGUUACGGUCUUCUACCAAAUGCCAAACUGAAGACUCAAUUACUAGCUGGUUUCCCAACAUUAUAUUCUUUGCCAUUUACCAACAGUCUGGAAUAUAACGAAAGUUAUGUUUUCCAACAACCAUCUAGACAGCAAUCUAUGGUAUUAAGAAUAACUGAUAUAUACAAGGAAAAUAACUUGACCAUGAAAGACAUUGCUGAUAGAUAUUUAAACAAAAUUGUCUAUACCAGAUGGCCAUAUUUGCGUGAAUCUAAGCUAAUAUCAAUCACUGAUGGUGAAACUAUACAUGAAUGUAUUCCAAACCCAGCUAAAAAUACUGUUAAAAUCAUUACCAGACCACUUGAGAACAACGAGCGCAAACAGUUUAAUAGUACUAAGAAUUCCAUGCUUAGAAGUUAUGGUAAGCAGAAAGCUGUGAUUUUGAAAAAAAUUGACAUCAUUGUUCAAGUUUUGGCUGUUACCGGCUUGGUAAGAAAACCAAAUGGUGCAUACGUUAAAACCUAUGCAUCCCAACCUGAUUAUUAUCCAAUGCAAUUAGUAGUAGAAAACGUAUCUAACCAUGAUGAAAGAUAUAUCGAGCGUCCACCAAAGCCAAUUGAGAAAGAAUUUCCAAUCAAUUCGAAGGUGAUUUUCCUUGGUGAUUAUGCUUAUGGUGGUGAAGCCACUGUUGACGGAUAUAGUAGUGAAAGUAGAUUAAAGAUAACUGUGAAAAAGAGGUUUUUGAAAACUGAACCAACCAUAGGAAAAGACAGACUAAAAAUGGACGAAAGUAUGAUAAAGUAUUAUCCUUCAUACGUUAUAAGUAAGGAAUUGCAACUACAUCCACUAUUUUUAUCAAAGAUUACAUCGAAGUUUUUGGUUACCGAUUGUAAUGGUAGCCAUGUAAAUGUUGGAAUUCCAAUUAAGUUUGAAGCUCGCCACCAAAAAGUUUUAGGCUACGCUAGGAGGAACAUUAAGGGCUGGGAUUACUCCAACGUUGCUGUUGCCUUAAUUAAAAGGUACAGAGAAAUGUUUCCUGCUUUCUUUGCUAAACUGUCUAAGACAUCCGGUGAUAUACCAGUUAUGCAAGACCUGUUCCCUGAUUUAUCUAGUCGUGCUAUUAUGAGUAUGCUGGAUGAUAUCAAACAAUGGAUUAAGUUCAGUACCGAAAACUUUGUGGUUGUAUCAUUGGAAAGUAAUUCGCUAACAAAGGCUUCAAUUAGGGCAUGUGAAGAUUACAUUGAAAAAUAUUCUAGCAGUAUCGAGCAACAUGAGACAAAACAACUUGCAAAGGUUCCAAGGGAAGCUGUUUUAUCACCAAGAGUUUCAUUCUCCCAACUAAGAGCACAAAAGUUUGAUUUGGGUGAUCGUGUAGUUUAUAUACAAGACUCUGGUAAAGUGCCUUUGUUUUCAAAGGGUACUGUUGUUGGAUACACCACAUUAGGUUUAUCAUUAUCAAUUCAAGUUCUUUUUGACCAUGAAAUAGUUGCCGGUAACAAAUUUGGUGGAAGAUUGAGGACAAAGCGUGGUAUCGGUCUAGAUGCCUCAUUCCUAUUGAAUAUUACAAACAGACAAUUUAUAUACCAUUCUAAGGCUUCAAAGAAGGUUUCACAAGUUGAUAAUUCAAAAUCUGCUAAACAACAGAAGAAUACCAAUGCUAAGCCAAAGCCAGAGACAAAGCAGGCAAAGCAACCAAGAAGAGAAAAGCCUGAGGAUCCUGCCGCCAAGGAAUUAUUGUCCUACAUCAAGAAGGGUGACAAAACUCAAAAAAAUUCAACUGAACGAAAGACAUCUGAAAAAUCUUUCAAGGACCCUCAAGCCAAAAAUAACACUGAAGUUGUCGAAAUAGAACAGCUAAAUUUGACCGAAAACCAAGCCGAACCUACAUUGGCCAACGCAGCUAAUCUUUAUAGUGCAGUGACAAACCAGUAUGAUUCAAGCACCGGUAAUCCAAUAAUUCCAAUGUCCAACACUGGUGCAGCCCCUGGUGUUAGUCUACCGUAUUUUGUCCCUAAUGGACAGAUUCCAUACGGUGUACCACCAAAUCCUCCAAUGUUCCCGAUGGGUGUUCCAAUGCAAGGACCACCUAUGCCAAAUGGAAUGAUGCCUCCACCUCAGUUCGCGAAUCCAAACAUGCACAUGAAUCCUCUGCCACCAACCAGCAACAUUUCAAUUGCAAUUGAUAAAGAAGGAAGUAAAGACUUAUUGAAAUCAGUAAGAAGGAAGCCAGAUCAAAGAAACAAAGAUAAUAAUUCUGGUAGAAAUGAGAAUAAAAGUGGCCAUUUCGGGUCGAAAUCCAACAGGAAAACUGACACCAAUGCGCCUAAAAAAUCAUCUGGUAAGCCAAGAAAACCUGGUAAGAAAAUAGCUUCAGGUUUUGAAUCUAAGAAAAAUGAACCUGACACUAGAGCUGAAUUUUAA